AUGUGCCCUGCAGGAGAGAGUAUGCAGGCUUCAUUCUUUAAAAGUAGAGAACCACUCGCUGCUUCAACAGUUUCAAGGCCACAGAGACCAAAUGUGAACCGACAAGACAAGGGGAAAUGGAGAGAAAAUGGAUCAUUUUUAGAAGAUUUUAAUACUCCAAAGAGAGGGCAAGAGAAUGAAUAUGACAGACUCGGUGCAGAGUGUCUGGGGUUCAGGGGACAAGGCAGGGACUCCUCCCUGGGGCUGAUUCCAGUAGAUGCAAUGGGUGAUUUAUCUGCUAGUGUUCUGCAGUUGUCAGAAGAAAAGUUCUUCAAUUCAGAUACUGCCACAGUGAAAAAGAUACCAUCUUCUCCAAAAUCAAGAGAACCAGCUGGGGUCUUAAAACAGAGUUUGUUCCCCACCAUGUCAGCUGGACAAAUCUCGGGGAUCAUUGCGGAGGAGGAGGGGGACGUGACAAUUCCAGACAUCCAGUUUCAGGAGGGGGAGCUAGAACAGCUGGAUGAAGACUUUGACCUAGAUGUAACAACCAAUGAGAGUGCUCUAGAGUAUGCUGGGAUACCUAAUCCAGAUCAAUCUGAGAUGAUGCUCCAUACCACCAGUGAUAACACAGCAGGUGAUGACAUUUGGAACUCUGUAUAUUUGAAGUCUGGCUCCACGUUUUCUCGGUUUGUCACGGCAGAAGAGGCAGAAACCUCAGAUACACAGGACACCUCUAACUUACCAGGGGCAGCGGGGAAUUCUGAGAGAAGAUACCCUAGUCUCAGCAAAGUCACACUCUUUGAUGAUGCUGGAAGCUCUGAGGAUGUAAGCCAGCCAUUAUCAGCCAGGACAAGCGCUCAGUAUCCCAACCUUGCAGCUGUAAGAAUGGACAGUGAGGUGUUUGAUCAGUCUGUAGAUGUGGACAAAAGUAUUUCAAAAAGAGGCUCUGGAGCAGGUCAAAGUGCAGACUUGGAAGUUAACACACCAAAGAGAGAUAUGGGGGCAGUAAAUGGCGGGACUGAGAGUGUGUCCCUGUCUAUGAGGUACUCUGCUGAGGGGGAUGUGGUCAACUCACCUGACAGGACAGGUGGGAAAAGUUUUCCACAGAAUGAAUCGGAUUCAGAAGAGGAAAGAGCGGUUCCUGCACAGGCAAAAAGUUCUCCCGCAAAGGAAUUCCUGGAUACCUUUAAAGAAAGCUUCAAAUCUCCCACCCACAAAAGCAGAAACCUAGGAGUAGAACCAGGGGAACAGAGAGUUAAACCAAUGGGGGAUGAUCUGCUGACAGAGAAAGGACCCAACAGAUACCAGGAACAACAGGAGGUAGAAAAAUGUGAAGAAGAUCUCCCUUCUCAGCUGAAUUCCAUGUACUUCAAGCCUUCCUACACAGAUGCCUCCCUUCCCCAGGGGCAGAGGAUGGACACCACAGAUGACAUUUUUGGGGGUACAUUUAACCCAGAAACCAUUGAGGUGUUUGAAUCCCCAGGGGACAGACUGGAGGCCUCAGGCUGCAAUGUUGACGAUGUUCAGGCAUUAAGCAGUCCAUUUGACGGUCUGGAAUCCUCUUUUGGAUCCUUUGGACUGAACAAAGAGGCUAACACCGAAGAGUCUCAGAACAAUGUCAAUCAGUGGUUACAACUCAAUGCCAGCCCCAUGAGCACUCGAACUCGAACCAGUGCUCAGUCUCAGGCCAGCCAGAGACUCAGUUCUCUGUCAGGACAAAGACAGAGUCCAAAAAUCAGUCAGGAAUCCAGUAAAUCUCUACAGCAGGAAAAACAUGCAUGUUCCUUUAUGUACAAUAGUGAACACCCCAGCCUGCCUGAGAGGUUUCCAGAUUCUGAUAAUUAUGUGUUUAUGGAGCCCAGACUGAGUCAGUACUAUGGGACAGACAAGUCAGCAUCUGUUAGGAGGAGCUUCCCAGAAGUCUCUUUGUCACAACCAAUCAAAGCUCAGUACUCACCCAGGCUAUCCAAAAGUCAAGAUGCAGCUAAAGCCAUGCUGGAUGAGGAUGAAGAACAGUUUGAGAAGGAGCAUGUGUUUAGAGAGGAUGCAAAGAUUGUGACCCCUGUUGGUUCUCCAGAUUCGUGGGGAUAUUCCAGCAAAAUGUCCAUCUCCUGUCCCUCAUUCCUGAAACCUGAAAAUGGAGAAGACCUCAGGAUAUCUAUCGGAACCUUCAUGAAAAGUCGCUCGGGUGCAUUAGGGUGUCUAGGAGGGGAAGGCGAACAUGAAAGGCCUGAAUUUGGUAUGAAAAUCAAAACACCACCCCAGAAUAGAAAACCAAUGGCGCUGAUUGAAGCUUCAGGAGAGUAUGAAUCAGAGAGAAGUCCUCAAGCGUCAAAGUGUAGGACAGAGGGGGUCGGCAAUGAGGAUGAGGACAGAACUCUUUUGGAUGAUGCAGUGACCCUGGCUGAUCUAGAGCCCUCCCCGGCAUAUCAGGAGAGCAGAGAGUCCCAGUCUCAGUCACCAGGGAGUAAAAUCCCAGUGAUGCAAUUAUCAGCUGAGCUGUCCAAGCUACAGGACUCUCUUAGGGAUUCUGAUGAUUCUCUCAGUAUAACCUUGCUACAUUCCUUGCUACAAUCUGUGCCAAAGGACACCAGGCCAACAGAACUAUCUAAAAUGGUCAUGGCAUUGUCUCAGAAAUCUUCCAAAUCCAUUCGUCAUCCUGUUAAUAAAGCCACCAAACUUCCCAUCAGAAGAGGAUCAGAUGUGAUAAACAAGAUCAAAGGGUCGUCUCCAAGGAAAUCAUCACAAGACUCGCCUGAACACGACAGCAGCCAGAAUUCACACUCCUUUACUUCUAAAGGUUCAGAUCCUCAGCGAGUAGAUGAAACAGAGCUGAAGAACAUUCUACAUAAAACGAGGCCUGACGGUGAGGAAUCUGAUGUGUCCCUGUCUCCUAUCAGUAGAAGUAACAAUGUGACGCCUUCAGACGUUAUGUUAAAAACUUCCUGUCAUAGUGAUACUGUAGAGGCCAGUGAUAGAGGGGCUGUGUAUGCUAGCCAUCAGAUGGAUAAAGUUCCACAGUAUAAUGUAUCACACCUGUCCAACCACAGUAACCAAGGGUCUAGGGGCAGUAUGUCCUCACCUCAUAGUCGUGGAGGAAGCCAUAGAUCAUCUCAAGAAAACAUCCGCCUGCCUUCAAGUGUGCCAAUCAACACGUCGGAUUACAGAGAGAGAUCCAGACAUAGCAGUGCUAAUAGUGAAUCCAGAGAGAAUCGGAUUAGAUCUCCACAUGGUAAUGCUAAAGAAGACCUAACAGGUCAUCAUAUUCCAGACGGCACAGACUACAGUCUUAAAGCAGAUUAUCCACAUCAAAUUAACAUGGGAAUGUCAAGAGAAGACUUGGUAGGCACGGAGGAUAUUCAGCUUGCAGAUUCAAGGGGCUUUGAUCUCAUUGCCAGUGAUAUGGGACUUGAGACCAACUCUAAAUAUCAAUACCAGAGGAUCAGUAGAGACUCCAGUGAUCAAAGAACCAGGGAAAGAAAUAAAAGUAAUCAUCACUCAAGACAUGAUGAUGACAUUGAUAACAGUGACAGAUAUUAUGAUGUUGAUGAGAAUUAUAACAGUGGUAGGAAUUCUAAUACAGCUAAGAAGUAUGAAGUGCAAGAAGAAGAGAUUUCUGAAGGUGCAUACAACAAAGAAAAUGUAUCUAAUGUUCAGAAAAUUCAGGAAGACCGGGAUUUAAUGCCACCCCCACCUGUUCCAAGCUUUCACCAUAAUCUUGUUCCACAUCACAAAACUUCAGAUCCACCCAUGCUCCUUACAAGACAGUCUCUGUUAAAAAGCAGCUUUGCUCAACAGUAUCUACCACCUCCUGCCACCAGGAAAAUUUUAUCCACAAAGCAGUUUUCUCAGUCUCAUGGGGAUAUUUUUACAAUGAGGCAAGACCACCCACCUACCCAAGACCAUGCAAUGAAUAAGAAAUUUUCUCAUUCACAAAGUGACAUUCAAGAACACAGUAUAGCCGAUCUUAGUCAGCACAGUUUAGUGACCCCAGACCAGUCGAGACAUCGAAGGAUUCUGUCUGAACCAAUGACUGAUGGCAGGAGACUGGCAGACGAGGCCAGUAUGUUCAGACAGCCCCCCGCGUACCACAGCACUCCAUUCCAAAGGGAUGCCACCAAUAUGUCAGAGACGCAGUUUUACGAGUUAAACCACUCCAUGCUGUCUGUUGUGGAUGGAGAAAGGACUCUUGGUGAGAAGGAUUUUAAACCAGCCAAAACCACAUCCACCAUACCAGAAUACACUGGACUGGCUGCCAUUAAGGCUCCUGAGAUCCUGGCGUUCCCAGAUGUUUGUUGUGUGGGGAUCUCCGUAAAGACCACCCUCCCACUGACCAAUCCGACCAAUCGCUGGCUGGAGUGCAUCCUCCAGAUCCGACAACUAUCCAUGGACGGGCAGGCAGUGGGCAACAGCAUUACCGUGCCAUUCGAGAUGAAGCAGAAGGUGAUCAUAGAACCCAACACCAUGGAAAAGAUCGAGGUAAUAUUUAUUCCUAAAUUGGCUGGUGCUUAUGUAGCAGAACUGUUGAUCCAUUCCCACAGAUUUACACAGGAUAGAGCGACAGGAUCUACAUCUUAUCCCACAGUGGUCACAAUCCAGGCCAUAGCAGAAAAACCCAAGAUUGAGGUCCAUGGGUAUGGUUUGGAGAACCGGGUGCUGAACUUUGGGCAGGUGACCUGGGGGAGCUGUAAAUCCCUGACCCUGGGGAUUGUUAAUUACGGACAAGCCUCACUCCCACUCAGGCUCUCCAUCUCUUGUAAUAACAUCCCUUGGCAUUGCUUCUCCUUUGAUCGUAGUGGACAGAAUUCCACUCUGGGAGAUAUCUCCAUCAUCUCUAGGAGUAGCCGCCCACAGUCGCCUGCAUUAGGAAAGACAGUAGUCACACUGUGCAUCCCGGGACGGUCAGCAAAGGAUUCUGGGAUCACGGAACAGGAAGUCAGAGUCUGGUGUCGACCACCAGACAAGAGAAUAGACAGAGCAUUGGCUCAGAAUCCUCCUGAUGAGAUGACAGCACGGAUUGACAUUGAUGUGGACACGCCCACUGCUAAUAUCCCUCCCCUUAGAACAAUAGACUUACAAGCCAUAGUGGGGGUAGCGAGGCUUCACAUCCCUAAAUACCUGGAAAUGCUCAAGUUAGAAUCCACAGUGAGACAGGCUGCUAGGGAUUCUAUAGCAUUGAAGAACUACGGGAAUAUAGAUCUAAAUGUGUCCCUGAGUAUUCCAGAUCAUGAGGAUGUUUUCAGAGUCCGUCCAAAACAAAUCACAAUCCCUCCGGGACAGGAAAAUGAGGUGGUGGUAGAGUUCUUUCCCUUGGAAUCAGAGAUAAAAGCACUAGAAAGUGUUCUGUUGAUGAACGUGGAGCCUGAUGGACCCCUGUAUGAGCUCCCUGUUCUGGGUAGUGUGGUGACCAAGAGACAGUCCACUCCUAUAGUCCUCAGUGAUCGAUGCUUCAUCUACUUUGGUGGUGUGGGUAUUGGAAAAGCUAUGGAAAACAAGUUCCGGUUGAAAAAUCAAACACAGUAUCCUCUGAAAUUAAAAUUGGAAGUUCGAGAUGAAGCACACGUUUUCAAGCUGAGAACCUCCUCCAUUCAGUCUAACAGCCUGACAGAGAUCAGAGACGUCAUUAUCCAGCCCCUAGAGACCUACCCUGUGUAUGUCACCUACUCCCCACUCACAGCUGCACUGAACUCUGGCAAAGUUGUCAUCAAACCUUAUGACACGGCGUACAAGUUCUCGAUCCCUGUGUCUGGUUAUGGAGGAGUUGGUAAGCUGGUAGUGGAGGGAGCCAGUAUUGCUGACAUGAACAGAUACUGUCUGGACAUGGGGGAUAUAUCACUAGGUCAGGAGACUGGAGAAAAAAUCAUCGUACGGAAUGUCGGCUCAAGACCUGUCUAUGUCAAACUGAUGGCCUACACAGGGUCAAAUUGCAGAAAGGAUAAUAUCUCUAGUAAAGUAUUGGUUGAACCCAGCGAGUUUGUCCUUGAACAAGAGGGAACAAAGUCUGUGAUAAUUGUGUUGAACCCCUCUGAUCGAGAGACAUCACUGUGUACCAACAGCAAACAAAUUGUGUCUACAGUAGUGGCCUUCUACGGAGAUGAAAUCUCCAGGCAGCGAUUUAUAAGGGCCUUGAGUUCUUCAGCAAAACCAUACAAACCCAGCUCUUCUAUUGAUUCAUUAUCUCUGUCACUCAAUCUGAAUCACAGCUUCCCAGACGAGAACUUGGUUCCAGAAUCUUCAGUGCCCCAGGAAGUGAACAUGAACUCCCUGGUUGACACAUUUUACAACACCAUGUCCAGGCUAUAUAUAGCUCUUGUGGGAGCACCCUCAGAAUUCUCCCUCACAAAAACGCCCCAGAUCCACCAUGCUGGUAAAUCUCCCAUUAGUGUUAAGAAAGGUUUGAGAACCAGUGGUAGUCUGACUGGAAUACCCUCAAAAGAUCCUAACAGGUGUAUAUCUCCCCAUAGUAACACCACCCCUCUACACAACUCUCCUUUGUUUGUACCAGAGGAAGAUGACAAAGACUGGACAGUGAAACCUACACAACUCAUCUUCCGUGUCUCCAAAGAUGGAAAGCUUCCAAUUCUGAAGUUUCAGAUCAGUAACUUUCAAAGCAAAUCAAUGUCGUAUGAGUUGACAUGGCCAGGCCAGAAAUUGAAAUUGACUCCAGAGGGCGGAGUUGUAGGACCAAAGGACAAAGUGACAGUGUGCAUCAGUCCGAGUCCAACUGUGUACAAGUUAAUCAAUGAACUUCCAUGGAGCGGAUGUGUGCAUGUCUCCUGUGGUCAGAAAACCAAGAAGGUGCAGGUCCAGAUAAGGACGGAGUUAGAGGACAGUCAGCCGGCCCUGAUCCAGACCCUUGUCCCAGUGUUCAGACCCACCGUGGGGCCCACGAUCAGUCUGCCCUACGAGUCUAGUGUAGGGAGCAUGAUGCAGACCUCAGCUCAUAAGAUAGAGUUCCCCAUCACCAAAGUAGGAGAACAAUCAGAGACCAGCUUUGAGCUGACUAACACCUCUGAUGAACCCAUGCAGUGGAUUGUCUCUUCCUUUGCCCCUCCAUAUGUCAAGGGGGCAGACAGUACUAAGGAUGUUUUCCGAGUCAUGUAUAAAGUUUUUGACUUCACCAUCAAGUCAGGCAGUUUACCACCAGGAAAGAGUACACAGGUAAAUGUUGAGUUUAUGCCAAGAUCCAAAGGAACAUUCACACAACACUGGGAUGUACAAAGUGCAAAGGAUAAACCAGUCCGAUUGCAACUCACAGGGGAGAGCAUGGCUAAUGAUGAUGUGCCGGGGAGUCAGUUGUCUUCAUACAGAGAGGACAUGACAGAGAGGUUCCAGGAAACCGGACACAAAACUCAUAAAAAGAUUAAGGAUGAUAGGCCUGUGAUUCUGAAGAAUGAGGAGCUAGGUUUCCUCCCUUGUUUAGUGGGUCAGUCACAAGUGGCCAAGUUACAGAUCGCCAACAACUCCACAUCCCCCCAACCAAUAGAGGUGAUACCCCCACAGCCACCAUUUUAUGUGAAGCAUAUGAGAUUCGAAGUAAAGAGUAAGAAGUACCUUAUGCUCCCUGUGGAAUUUCGACCUUCAGAACCAAACAAUUAUGAGGGACUGAUCGUGUUAAAAACUGGAAUGGGAUAUAGUUUGAGUGGCAAGUUACUCGGUCAGUGUUCAUCAUAACAAGCUCAACAAAGAUAUUAGAGGGAGAUAAACAGAACAGCCGGUUAUACAUACAUUGUGGGAAUUUUUAAAUGUGUUUUAUAGAAAGGCUUUUGUCUCAUUCUUCCAUUGUAAAUUAUCGAUUUAAUAUACUUACAUGUAUAUAUAUUUGAGAAGCUUUAAGACAGAUGUGGAUAAUAUUACAUGGAUUUGAAUCAUGGAUUACCAAGUUCAUUUGUUAAUAUGAAUUAUCCAUUUUAGGAAUAUUUUUUCAGUACAAUGAAAUUAAUAUAAGAUAUUGUGUAAAUAACCUCUCAGAAAACAGCAUCAGCUGAACUUUGUAUUACUUGGUUUGUUGAUGACCUGUGUAUACAUGUAUAUAUCAUUUAAUAUGAUUGGUUUGGCAGCUUUCAAUAUGCUCUAUUUGCUACUUUCAAAUCUGUUCUCUAGUUUCUCCUUUACUUCAGGUGCUGAUUAUAAUCUACUUUGCAUUUAAAUAUUUAUCUAGAAUUAGAAGCAUAAUCUUUUUCUUUCAGUUAUUCUUUUUAAAUUAUUAUUUUGUUAAUGCUCUAUCCUUUAGGUUGUAAAUCUUAGGAUAUAAACAUGUACAUUGUAUUUAUCUUUUGAUUUUCUUUAUAUAUAUUUGAUUACAUUUUCUUGGACAAAAUUACUUUCAAAAUGCUUGAUGUUUGUUUAAACAUGAAAGCAGGAUAGUGAUAGGUUCUGUGAUAAAAUUGGUGCUUCAUAAGUGAAGGCAUUUACAUUUUCUAAUUAAAAUCCUAAAGAGAGAGAUAGAGAGUGAGAGAAAGAAAAAGAAAGAUAGAGGGAGAUAUUGUGAUACUAAAUUUAAUUUUUCUGAAAAAUCGGUCUAGUAUUGUCUAAUUUUCUUAGUAAACCUUCAUGUGUUCACAGAUCGACAUACCUCAGUGAUAUUCAGUAUUUUGUAGGGUAGAAUCAGUUAUAUUUAUAAUGGAUACAAUAAUUUGAUUUGAAUAAUACAGAUAUUAAUUGGACACCAGUCAUUAGGUGUCUGUUCAGCCAUCUAUCUCCAUGGUUACAGUAAAUGAAAUAGACAAGAAAUGGAAUAAGCAAGGGAAAGCAGAAUUCUAGACUAACAGUAAUAUUUUUUCUUAGCUAGUCCUUUCAAUGUAUGAAUGUAUGAAAAACUAAUGGAUAUAAAAUGUGGAAACUUAUAUGUUGAUCUGAGAUCUCUAAAUGGUUAGUAAUAAAGGACUUAUUUAUCAUAAUAUUUAAAAGAGAAGUGUAGUUAAUGACACUAUGUAGAACAUGCUUGUAUAUUUAUAAGGUUGAAAGAUUGAAAAUAAAUAGAAUUAUGAUU